AUGUCGAUCAAUGUGAUUCACGGCGGUAUCGCGAUAAAGACGAUUCCUGUCCAUUGCAUUUUCAACGAGUUCUGCAACCCACCUCACAUGGAACAUGUAGAUGGCCAAAAAUGCGCUCCUGGCUACGUCCCGAACGAUCCGCUUCCGGAGAUAAAGGAACACAGUGAUGCUGACAUAGUCAUCAAAAACCUUCUCUCCGUCCGCUCGCUCCACGACGCCGAGAAGAAUGCCUUCACUGCACUGGUUCGUGUUAUGAUUGGUGACCGGGACACGCAGACGCUUGGUGACAACACGGAGGCUGACCAGUAUGCUCUUAUCGGCGUUCCUGUUAUCGUCUACGGCCCUGGAAGCAUCAGAGUUGCGAACCAGGAGAAUGAGUUUGUCCCGAAGAAGCAUGUGGAUGACUGUGGGAAGAAGCGGGCCAUUCACCCUACGCGCAAGAACCAUGAUAUGUAG